UUUUCUUUUUUCUAUAAAUAUUUCACCUCAUUUUCAUCCAUAUCCAGCCAAAAUUUUUCAUUUUUUCCUCUAUAAAUAGUGUUGUCAACUUCUCAUCCAUCUCAAUCCCUGCAAAAACAUGGCAAACUCUAAUAUCGCCUUCUCUCUGUUCUUUGCGUUCUUUGUUGGACAUGGAAUUGUGGAGCUUCAAGCUUCACACCAUGUUUACAGUCAUCUUCAAACUGUUAAAUCUUCUGUUUCUGCAAAACAACCUUACAGAACUGGCUAUCAUUUUCAACCUCCCAAGAACUGGAUCAAUGAUCCUAAUGGAAUUAUGGUUUACAAGGGAGUUUAUCAUUUGUUCUACCAAUACAACCCAAAAGGUGCUGUCUGGGGCAACAUUGUGUGGGCUCAUUCUACAUCAAAAGAUCUUGUGAAUUGGACCCCUCAUGAGGCAGCCAUCUAUCCAUCCCAGCCAUCUGAUAUCAAUGGUUGCUGGUCCGGUUCAGCCACGAUCCUCCCCGGUGGCAAACCGGCGAUUCUAUACACCGGAAUUGAUCCCCUGAACCGACAAGUCCAGAAUCUAGCCAUCCCCAAGAAUUUGUCCGACCCUUACCUUAGGGAAUGGAUCAAAUCAGCUAAAAAUCCUCUGAUGCAACCUACUGCUCAGAAUCAUAUCAAUGCAAGUUCGUUCAGGGAUCCAACAACUGCAUGGUUAGGCCCUGAUAAGCAAUGGAGAGUCAUCGUCGGAAGCAAAGUGAACCGCCAGGGCUUAGCCAUCCUUUUCAAAAGCAAAGAUUUUGUGAACUGGGUUCAAUCCAAAACACCAUUGGAUUCUGCUAAAAACAUCGGAAUGUGGGAAUGCCCUGAUUUUUUCCCUGUUCUGGUUAAAGGCCGAAAUGGCGUUGACACCUCUAUUAACGGUCCUUAUGUCAAGCAUGUGCUUAAGGUCAGCUUAGAUGAUACCAGACAUGACAUAUAUACCAUUGGCUCGUAUGAUAAUGUGAAGGACGUAUAUACACCGGACAAAGGAUCCAUCGAGAGUUAUUCCAGUGUGAGAUAUGAUUACGGAAAGUAUUACGCUUCCAAGACUUUCUUCGACAAUGUCAAGAAUCGGAGAAUCUUGAUGGGUUGGAUUAAUGAAUCAUCAAGUGUGGCUGAUGAUAUCAAGAAAGGAUGGUCUGGUGUCCAUGCAAUCCCUAGGAAGAUUUGGCUGGACGGAUCCGGCAAACAAUUGGUGCAAUGGCCCGUACCCGAAAUACAGAAGCUACGUGCGAACCACGUUAGCUUUGCUAACAAAACGCUCAGGGGAGGAUCCGUUAUCGAAAUUUCCAACGUCAAUGCAGCACAGGCAGAUGUUGAUGUUUCAUUUGAGAUUGCUGAUUUAGAGAAAGCUGAGGUGCUGAAACCAAGCUGGACCAACGCACAGCUCCUAUGCAGCCGAAAGGGCGCAUUGGUUAAAGGCAGACUCGGUCCUUUCGGUUUGCUGGUUUUGGCUUCGGAUGACCUGAAAGAGAACACUGCAGUGUUCUUCAGAAUAUUCAAACGCCAGAACAAACAUGUUGUGUUAAUUUGCAGUGACCAAUCCAGGUCUUCCCUAAACCAAGACAAUGACAAGACGCCAUAUGGAGCCUUCUUGGAUGUGGACAUUCAACAUCAAAAGCUGUCAUUGAGGAGCCUGAUAGAUCAUUCAAUCGUGGAGAGCUUUUGUGGAGGUGGAAAAGUCUGCAUAACAUCAAGAGUUUAUCCCACAUUGGCAAUUAACAAGGCUGCCCACUUGUAUGCUUUCAACAAUGGAACUCAAGCCAUAAAGAUCUCAAAGUUGAAUGCUUGGAGCAUGAAGACAGCUAAAAUCAACUGAAAAUACCUAUAUUUCCAGAAU